AACGUGUGGUGUCACAAAAAAGAAACCAAAAUAUUACACAGAUUUACAAAAUUAGUCAGUCAGUUGCCAUUUAAACACACCCCGUCUCUCUAAAUAAAUACAGGCUCUUCGCUCCAUUUGUGCCAUCCUUUGAUCUCAACAAUUUCCCUCCCUUUUCCAAUUACUCAAUCAAUAAGAUAAAGUUAGGACACAGCUUAAUACGCACCCAUGGGAACUGUCGUUGAUGCUGUAAACAAGGAAGCAAAUGGAAGCGUACCAACUGACAAGAAAGUUACAGUUGUUUUUGUUCUAGGUGGCCCUGGCAGUGGUAAGGGAACUCAGUGUGCAAAUAUUGUAGAACACUUUGGAUACACCCAUCUCAGUGCUGGUGAUCUUCUCCGUGCAGAAAUAAAAUCUGGUUCUGAAAAUGGGACAAUGAUACAGAACAUGAUUAAGGAGGGAAAAAUUGUACCAUCAGAGGUGACAAUUAAGCUACUCCAACGAGCAAUGCUGGAAAAUGGAAAUGACAAAUUUCUUAUAGAUGGCUUCCCUCGUAAUGAGGAGAACCGUGCUAACUUCGAGUCUGUUACUGGAAUUGAGCCAGAAUUUGUGCUUUUCUUUGAUUGUUCAGAAGAAGAAAUGGAGAAACGCCUGUUGAACAGGAACCAGGGUAGAGAGGACGAUAACAUUGAGACAAUAAGGAAGCGAUUUAAGGUUUACAUGGAAUCCAGUCUUCCUGUGAUUGAAUAUUACAACUCCAAAGGGAAGGUUCGAAAGAUUGACGCUGCACAGCCCAUUGAAAAAGUUUUUGAGGCAGUCAAAGCUGUUUUUAUCCCAUUAACAGACAAGGUUGCUGCUUAAAGAUUCAAGCCUUAUCCAAACUAUCACACCAGAUUUGUGUCUAGAUGGUUUAAUAUUUUGAUCGGAAUAUCAGGAGUUGAUUUACUUUAUCAGUUGUUUACAUAGAAAAUUCACAUAUUAUUUUUGCUUCGAUUAUUUUGGGAACCGGAAAAUUAACUGUUGAGGAUGUUGCCUCUGUGUUUAUUAUAUGAGUGACUUCUAAUAAAAUUAAGUACUUUUAUAGUAAAUUUCCCUCCCUCAUGUGGCUCCUGA